GGUGGCGCCAUACAUGUGACUCGCAUAUCCGGUCAGAUAAAAAAAAAAACACUGUUCAUCUUUUGGACACAGAUCUGGCGACGCGCAUUUCUCAUGUUUUUUUUUUUUUUUUUUAUUAUUAUUUUUAUUUUCUAACAGUCACUUUAUAAUCUUUUGGCACCGCGGGGGUACCAGGGAGUGGUCAGAAUGUCCGGGGGUCCAGCUGUGCGCGUGAGCAUCGAGUCCUCCUGUGAGAAGCAGGUGCAGGAGGUGGCUUUGGACGGGACAGAGACUUAUGUACCUCCUCUGUCCAUGUCUCAGAACCUGUCCCGACUAGCCCAGCGUAUAGAUUUCACCCAGGGUUCUGGGUCUGAGGACGAAGUAGAGGCAGAGCCCAGGGAGCGCGAGUGGACCAAACACGAGACAGACGAGGAGGAAGGUACAGUGAAGUUCCAGCCCUCCCUGUGGCCCUGGGACUCUGUGAGGAACAACCUGCGUGGCGCCCUGACUGAGAUGUGUGUGCUGUAUGACGUUCUGAGUGUGCUCAAAGAGAAGAAGUACAUGGCCCUGGACCCCGUGUCCCAGGACCCCUCUGCCGGCAAGAGCCCUCAGGUGCUCCAACUCAUCAGUAAGAAGCGCUCCCUGAGCACGGCUGCAGCGGUCCUACUCAGAGGGGCAGAGAAGCUCAGUAAGUCUGUGGCCGAGAACAUGGAGAACCGACGGCAGAGAGACUUCAACUCUGAGCUGCUACGGCUGCGUUCCCAGUGGAAACUCCGCAAAGUGGGAGACAAGAUCCUGGGAGAUCUCAGCUACCGCAGCGCAGGAUCCCUGUUUCCACACCACGGCACGUUUGAGGUCAUCAAAAACACAGACAUUGACCUGGACAAGAAGGUUCCUGAGGACUACUGCCCUCUGAACGUACAGAUCCCCAGUGACCUGGAGGGAUCCGCCUACAUCAAGGUGUCCAUCCAGAAACAAGCUCCCGACAUCGGGGACCUGGGAACCAUCAGCCUGUUCCGAAGGCAGCCCAAAAGCAAAGCAGGAGCCCAGCCGUGGCACGUGAAGCUGGAGGCGGCUCAGAACGUGCUGCUAUGCAAGGAGAUCUUUGCUCAACUCUCCAGAGAGGCCGUGCAGAUCAAGUCUCAGAUCCCUCACAUCGUCGUCAAGAACCAGAUCAUCUCCCAGCCCUUCCCAGGACUGCAGCUUUCCAUCUCCCUGUGCCACUCGUCUGGGGAGAAGAAGAGCCAGAGAGCAGCUCCAGAGAAACCCAAGGCUGAUGACCACCUGUACGUCCUAGAGCACAACCUGCACCAGAUGAUCAGAGAGUUCCAUAAGCAGCAGCUGAGCUCGGUGCUCAUGCCCCACCCGGCCACAGCUCCAUUUGGACACAAGCGUCUGCGGCUGGCAGGUCCUCAGGCCUACACCAAAGCUCAGAUCUCCUCUGUGCAGCAGGGCCAGGGGCUACUCGAGAAGAUCAUCAAGCAGGCCAAGCACAUCUUCCUCCGCAGCAGGACUGCGCGGACCAUCGACAGCCUGGCCAGCCGAAUAGAAGACCCUCAGAUCCAGGCGCACUGGUCCAACAUAAACGAUGUGUAUGAGUCCAGUGUCAAAGUCCUCAUCACAUCCCAGGGCUACGAGCAGAUCUGCAAGUCCAUUCAGCUGCAGCUGAACAUUGGGGUGGAGCAGAUCCGGGUGGUGCACAGAGACGGCCGCGUGGUCACCCUGUCCCACCAGGAGCAGGAGCUGCAGGACUUCCUCCUGUCCCAGAUGUCCCAGCACCAGGUCCACGCUGUGCAGCAGCUGGCCAAAGUCAUGGGCUGGCACGUGCUCAGCUUCAGUAACCACGUGGGGCUCGGGUCCAUCGAGAGUGUGGGCAACGCCUCUGCUGUCACUGUGGCCUCCCCCAAUGGGGACUACGCUAUCUCAGUGCGCAAUGGCCCAGAGAGUGGCUGUAAGGUGCUGGUCCAAUUCCCCAGAAACCAGAGCAAAGAGCUGCAGAAGGGUGACGUGGUCCUGGACUCCAAGUGGAGCCACCUGAGAGGGCCCUACAGAGAGGUGCAUUGGAGCAAGAUGGAGGGCAGGAACUUUGUGUACAAGAUGGAACUGCUGAUGGCUGCACUCACACCUGCUCCCUGAACUGUGUGCACCUCUCCUGUACAAACUGUGCUGU